AUGAAAAGGAAGGAGAUGGAGGAGAGGGGGCAUGGCCAGGGACUCCUCUGCCUGGAACACCUGAGGCUGAACCUGUUGAGGAUACGCCUGUGGUGUAAAGAAGGCCUGGUGGGAAUAGUCCGCCUGUGGUGGAUGGAAAAACCAGAGACGAUUAAAGGCCUGUCCAGGAACACAAACUAUUACCCCACCAACAUGCAGGACGACCCCAGGGACUAUGUGCUCUGCGGGAACACCUGA